AAUUUUAGUUGCAUGUAUAAACCUCAAAGAAAGUUCAUAGAUCUAAGAAUGCAGUUUUAUAUUAAUAAUCUUUAAUAGCCUGUCGACUGAUGACGUCACAAGCAGUCGACGUGUUUACAAUGGAUCUGUGAGGAUCUGACUAUAAUGCACAGAUAAAGAGACCAGAUCCUCAUUAGUUGCAAGCAGGACAGAUAAACAAAAGCCAGUAGCAAUGGGGGCGGGCAGCAGCAGCAUAAGUGACCUGUCUAGUAACAAGUACCUGAAGCGUUUUGUUAGUCCUGAGAUCAUCACAUCAAAUGACCCGUUUUGGAACCAGCUCCUGUCAUUCACAUUCUCCAUACCAAAUACAAGUUCUGACUACCGACUAUUGGAGGAAUCAAUUGCCUCACUCUACCCAGAGCUACUGAACAACAACAAAACAAGUGGAAAUGUGGCCUCCCUCAUACGUGUCUUCCUCUCUAGAGCCACAGAAUUGAAAGCAUCGGCUCAGUGUGAUGACAGUGUGUUCACAUGGCAGGCACACAAUGCAUUGUUUAUAGUUCGAUGUGUGUGUAAACUGCUCAUCCAGGACAUGUCAGAAGAAGAGGUGAUUGAUGUGUUACAAGCACCACCUGUCUCAACUGAAAAAGAAGGGCUGGUAGAUGACAAUGUAAAUCUUGUUGAGGACCUGCUGACAAGCCUUGUGGAGGUGAUUGUGGAUGUUCCCCUGGUAGACCUAACAUAUGCUCUUCAUCAUGAAGCCACCACAACACUUCUCAUCCUCACUUCGUCAAUUGUUUUUACAUCAUCAAAAGUUUGUCAUCUGUCGAUAUUCAGAAUGUUAAUGACAGGCCGGGCUUCCAUCCAUGCUUGUCUGUUUGUGAAAACUCUGUUAAAACGUUUUAUGGCUCAAGACAAACCACCAGCCAAAGAUGAUGGGGGGAGUCUUGUUCUUGGACUUGCUUCAGGGCUGUGGAAUGUACUGACAAUGGGGUUAGCUGGAAGUGGAGAAGACACAACCAAAAAGGGCCCAGAAUCUCCGCUGGCUUCACAAAGUGUGUUACUACUCUUAGUGUUAGCCAACCACUGUACAGCUGAUAGAAAUAUCAGAAAUCCAUAUCGCCAGGCAUUGUUACAUGCACAGAAUUUCCAUGAUCCAGCUGAGAGCACUCCAACUCAGGCAGUUGCAACAUUCAAGCUAGAAUUUGCAACUCUGUACAAGACCCUUUAUUCCCACCUCCAUGAUGACCAGACCACACUGCUGCUCUACCUCCUCCUUCACAAGAACGAUGACUUCCGCACUUAUGUCCUGGCUAGAACAGACAUGGAAAGCCUGGUCCUUCCCAUCUUGCAUACCCUCUACCAUGCCCCAGACAGCACCUCACAUCACAUAUACAUGUCUCUCAUCAUCCUGCUCAUUCUGUCAGAAGAUGAUUCCUUUAACAAGACAAUACAUGAUAUUCCCUUAAAGAAUAUCACCUGGUACACAGAAAGACUGAUCAGUGACAUAUCACUGGGUGGCCUUCUUAUUCUAGUGGUCAUCAGAACCAUAACAUAUAACAUGACGAAAAUGAGGGACAAGUAUCUACAUACAAAUUGCCUAGCUGCCCUUGCUAAUAUGUCAAGCCAGUUUCGGUCUCUCCACCCUUAUGUUUGCCAGCGUUUGGUCAGUCUUUUUGAAACUUUAGCAAAGAGACAUGCUCGGCUUUGUGAGUCUCUCAAGCACACAGAAGAUCUUCUUGAUGAGGCAGACAGUGAUAUGCCAGAUGCACUGAGUGAUGUGAGUGUAUUGGAGGAGGUGCUGAGAAUGGUGCUGGAGAUCCUGAACUCGGUGCUAACUCACCAGCUCUCUCACAACCACAACCUGGUCUAUACUCUCCUGUACAAACGACAUCUCUUCCAGCCUUUCUCCACACACCCCAAUUUCCAGGAUGUGACACAGAAUAUUGAUGUUGUAUUAGCGUACCUCAUGGGCCGCUUGGAGACAACCAAGCGUGAUCCAGGAGUCCAGGAUGUUCAGGAAGUCAUCCAGCAAGGUGUUCUCCACCUGCCCAAAGACCGCCUUAAGAAGUUCCCAGAGCUCAAAUUCAAGUAUGUCGAAGAGAGUGAGCCAGAGGAGUUUUUCAUCCCUUACGUGUGGACUCUAGUAUACCAUGGAUCGGGUAUUUACUGGAGGCCUGACACUAUCUCCAUGUUUGAUCCGUCACAACCAGAUGGAUAAUGUCUUUGUACAAGCCCCUUUUUAUUUGUUGCUACAUGGAUGAUGUCAGUUUGAUGUACAUUGUUUUAUGAUGUUUUGUACUCUAAAACUGGGUAUUCCUAAAUGCUUAUCAGUUUGCUAGGGGAGUUAGGCAGAUACUAGUGACCCAUUAGUUAGAUAAAUUGAUUUAGGCAAUAUAUUUUUAUUUAUAUCAUGUAUGAUUGAUUUAUACCAGGAAAUGGGUAAAAAGGAGAGGAAAAAUUACAUAUUAAAUUGAGAGUAACUGUAGUAGAUUUUAAUGGUUAUGAUGACAUGCAGAAAAUGUUUAGGUUAAGAUGUUAGAAAUAUUAUCAAAAAGUAAAUAUUCUUUGUGUAUCUGUGAUUUUCAUUUGUAUUUUAAUGUAUUUAUUUUUUUCUCCCUCUCUCUGUCUCACUCACUCUCUAUCUGUUGGAUGACAACUUUUACAUAAAAGUAAAGUAUGUAUGAUUGAAAA